AUGUUAAAAUACCUGAGUUUGGUUUUACUCGCAGUUCAAACGACACUUGUGAUCAUGAUGGUACGUUAUGUUAGGACUCAGAAAGGUGACAUGUUCGUUGCAUCCACAGCUGUUAUAAUUUGCGAAGCGUUCAAAAUGUUGGCCUCAUUAGCCAUCAUUCUCUACCAAGAAAGGAGUAUACAUAAAUUGGUUCAGCAUUUAAUGAAACAUAUAAUUGACCAGCCUGUAGACUGCAUACGUAUGUCCAUUCCAGCCAUUAUAUACGUCUUCCAAAACAAUCUGUUCUAUGUUGCCGUUUCAAAUCUUGAUGCAGCCACAUGUCAGGUAACAUAUCAAUUGAAGAUUUUUACCACAGCGGUUUGUUCUGUCAUUAUGUUGAAGACGAAGAUUUCAAGGCUUCAAUGGAUAUCCUUGUGUAUUCUAUUUGUAGGCGUUUCAGUUGUACUUUUACCAUCAACAGAAUCUACAAAGGGAGAAACACUUGAUGUCGACAAAAAUCGAGUUGUUGGUAUAAUCUGUGUCGUUAUAUCAUGCUGUCUUUCUGGAUUCUCGGGUGUUUACUUUGAAAAGAUUUUGAAGGGAACCAAAGGGUCGAUUUGGUUGAGAAAUGUACAACUUGGGAUGUUUGGUAUAGCAAUAGGAUUCAUUACAAUGGGCAUCAGGGAUGGUAUCAAAGUCAUCGAGAAAGGAUUUUUUCAUGGCUACUAUAGUGCUGUGUGGUUUGUUAUAUUUUUACAAUCGUUUGGUGGGUUAUGUACUGCAGUCGUUGUAAAAUAUGCAAACAAUAUAUUGAAAGGCUUUUCAACUUCCGGUGCUAUUGUUUUAUCUUGUAUUAUUUCAGUAUAUCUCUUUGAUUUUAAACUGACAAUAGAAUUCACUUUCGGGGCUUUGCUUGUUGUAUUAUCUGUGUUCAUGUAUAGUAAAUUUCCCAUGAAUUAA